AUGGUCUUCAACUCCCUUCAUCGUCUCCUCGCUCUCGCCGUCGCGAUAUCCUUCGCUGGACAUGCUCUCGCCGCGCCUCACCGCCGCUCUACCCCGACUGCCGGUCAGUCUAUCAACCUUGUCAAGAGCAGACCCAAGAGGUCGCUCGAAGAAUGGGGCACAUGGGCCAAGGAACACAAGCAGUCGCUUGAAGUCAAAUAUGGGGGCAAUAGCAACCAAAAACGAAGCGCAUCCGGCACCAACUUCAUCGUCAACCAAAACGCGGACUCGAGCUACUACGGCCAAGUCGCCGUAGGAACUCCGCCAUCGUCUUUCAAUGUCAUCCUCGAUACUGGCUCUGCCGACCUCUGGCUUGCCGACUCAAAAUGCACCACGGGCUGCGCCGAUGUUGCGACUUUCAACCACACCGCGUCCGAAACAUUCCGCAAUUUGUCGACUCCAUUCGACAUCACCUACGGCUCCGGCAGGGCCGUCGGCGGUCUGGUCGCCGACACCGUUCAGUUCGCCGAUUUCGCCGUGGAAGACCAGGUCUUCGCCGUAUGCGAUCAAGUAUCGCAGGGUUUGCUCAACAAGCCCGUCAGUGGCCUCUUGGGUCUUGGUUGGGCGCCCAUCGCGGAGUCUGGCGCCGUACCGAUUUGGCAGCAACUCGCAGGCCGUGGCCUCUGGGACGAGCCCGUCAUGGCCUUCCACCUGACCCGCUUCCUCAACGACUCGAACGCUCAAGAGUUCGAGCCCGGAGGAUCCUUCACCAUGGGCUUUGCCAACAACUCUCUCUAUGUUGGCGACAUCGACUAUCAGCCCGUCCCGAGCAACGCCGUCUCGUACUGGAUCCUCCCCCUCACCAACAUCACUGUCCAAGGCGAGGUUAUCAACAUCCCCAGCGGCGCACCUUCUUUCUCCGCCAUCGACACCGGUACAACCCUCAUUGGCGCGCCCGAGGAAGAGCUCGCCACCAUAUUCUCCAAGAUCCCCGGCGCCGAGCCUGGCAAGGAAGACUUCGAAGGCUACUGGACCUACCCUUGCAACACCUCCGUCAAUGUCGAGCUCUCCUUCGGCGGUCGCUCGUGGGGCAUCGACCCCGCGGACUUCAGGCUGACCCAGCUGAGCGAGGACCGGUGCCUCGGCGCGUUCUUUGCGCUCACCACCGAGGGCGACGGCCCCUCGUGGAUUAUCGGCGACACCUUCCUCAAGAACGUUUACACCGUCUUCCGUUACUACCCGACCUCCGUUGGUUUCGCUGAACUCUCCUCGGAGGCUAGCCUAGUCAACAACGACCCGAUUCCCAGCCCGACAAUCGUUCCAGUCGCCGCCAGCGUGAGGGCCACGACGGACUCGAAGGCUGGCACCAUCACAAGCGCCGGAUCGCUCCAGGUCGCGGUACCGCGCUUCCUUGCGCUCGGCAGCGUCAUCCUGGGCGCUCUUUGUAUUCUUUAG